UCAACAUCCACAACACACUGAAUCAACUUAUGCGAUGGUCUGUUGGCCUCCUCGAAGUGGCCUUCUACAGAUAUAGUCCCAUCACCUUUGGAGUCAAGUCCAUAAACCCUCUCAUAGGGCUAUGUUAUGCUCACUACGCCUUCUGGCCAAUAUGGUGCAUUCCAAUUACCAUCUAUGCCUUUGUCCCCCAGCUAGCUUUGCUCAAUUGCGCCUCAAUCUUCCCAAAGGCCUCAGACCCUUGGUUUUUAUUGUACAUAUUCCUUUUCCUUGGUGCCUAUGGGCAAAAAUGUCUCGAGUUUAUGUUAGCUGGAGAAACAAUCCAAAGAUGGUGGAACAAUCAAAGGAUGUGGACAAUUAGGGGACUCUCAAGCUUAAUUUUUGGAUUGGUUGAAUACUUACUGAAGUUCAUUGGCAUUUCCACAUUUGGAUUUAAUGUCACAAGCAAGGUAAUUGAAGAAGAACAAAGAAAGCGAUAUAACCAAGGGAUUUUCGAGUUUGGAGUCCCAUCACCCUUGUUCUUGCCCAUGACAACAGUUGCAGUAAUCAACUUGGUCUCAUUCCUAUGGGGCAUAGUACAACUAUGA